CUCCGUGACGUCAUCGCCGCGCGCCGCCAGGACACCGGCUGGGAGCGCGCCGGCCGCGGCCACUGGUGGGGGCGGGUGCCCUCGCCUCCGGUGGGUUGGAAGGGCGCGCGUGGGCUGCGCGGCGGGGCCCUGGCCGGCCACCCACGGAGGCCCGGAGCCGCACCCCCAAGGGAGGGCGUGUAGGGGACCCCUCGCUGGGCUUAGCCGUCCUCGUUCUAGUCAUAUGCGACCCUCACGACCACCCUGGGAGGGUCACCAUGAUGACAUCCAAGCCAAAGAGAAUUAAGUUUUCUGAGGAAGAGAAGAUUGUGAUCUUGGAAGAGUUCAGCCUGCGGAAGGACAUUCUCAUCCCCAAGACAGGCCGCUACCGCAACACGUCGGACCGGCAGCAAGCCUGGGAAGAGAUCACGAUGGCCGUGAACUCGCUGAACCCCCUUGUGCAGCGCACACCCGAAGAGGUCCGCAAGAAGUGGAAGAACAUGAUCCUUGACGCCCGCAAGGAGCUGGCCACCGCAAAGCACCCCCUCCUCCGGCGGCGCCCCCAGGAGCGCCUCUUCCAUAACAUCUUUGCCCUCUUCAAUAAGACAGGCUCUGAGCUCCCCGAACCGCUGUAUGCGGCCGGCCCCGGCUUUCGGACUAAAGGUCCCGCUAGCCCCUCGGGGCCUGCCUGCAAGGUGGAAGGCUUUCUGGACCCCGUUGUGCCCAACUUGGUGCUCCGGCCCCAGGGUGGUGGGAUAGAGCCCGGCCAGGAGAGGGAGGGUCUCUGUCAGAUUGAGAUGGGCAGAAAACUAGACUCUUGGCCCGAAGUCACAGGGAAGAGCCUCCUCCCACCCCCUGUGGAGGUUCAGGCCCGAUUCAAGGAGGACAGUCUAACCGAGGAUGCCUCCGACUAUGGCGAGAAGAGGCUGUUAGACCCGCUGAAAGACUUGCCUCUGCACUGUGAGCCCGUGCCCCAGGUGCAUCCCGUCGCGGCCAGCAGGGCAGUGUCACCGGAGGGCCCAUCCGGGGACGUGCCCCCUCUCUGUGUGAUGCCAGUGCCAGCAAGCCCAUCUCCAGACCCGGCUCUGACUUAUAAGAUUAAAUGUCCCGUGAGUCCUUUGCUAGACUGGCCCUGUUUGGGAGUGAGCUCGAGCCCCGUCACGCCCAGCGGCCGCAUGGACGCUCUGAGCACGGAAGGGAUCCACACGGCCAUAAACGACAAUGUGAGCGGCUCGGUGGUGACUGCGGAGGAGGAUUUGCUGCCAGGUCCCCGGCCCAGCGAGGAGGGGCUCCCAGAGAAGGAUGCUGGGGAACUGGCCAAGCAGAGCCGCCUCCAGACAGAGAUACUGGAGCUGCAGAAGGAGACACUGCAGCUGCAGAAAGAGAAGAUUCUGCUGGAAAAGGAGAAACUGGUCCUGGAGAUUGUCAAGCUGAGGCGGGAGCUGGGCACCUGAGCUGCCUGGCCCUGCCUGCCUGCCACCCACAGCCCGAACUCCUGCCCACGCCCAGAGGCCUUCUCCUUCACAGUGCCUAUCUGGGCCUGCCCAGGCGAAGCCGCCACCCCCUCCUCCUCUGCUGUCCCUCAGCAGUUACCCCCACUCUGGGGCAAGAGGGUGGGCUCUCUGUGGCCUGCUCCUGGAAAGAAGCCCCAGGAGUCCUGUUUGGGUUGGGCUGGGAAGGGUGUGAGAGGCUCCCAGCCCAGACUUUGCUCCGCAGAGCUCUGCCUGGGCUGUGUGGGGUCAGAAACCUGAAGCAAGAGCUCAGAGCCCCUUAGCAGGUGCCAGGGGGUGGGGAUGAGCACAUGUGGCCUCGGCUCCCAGCCAGCCCUCUGCCCCAGGUCAGGAGGUCCAGCGUGCAGGACAGGCCUCCACUGGCCAUUGGUCAGGUCAACAAGGAUCCAUUUCUCAGGCCCCCAGCUGUGGGCUAAAGGGACAGGCUCGUGGAUCCCUGUGCCAGGAGCCCGGGCCUCCUGGGGCUGCUGUCAGAGAAGUAAAAGCAUCCAGGUUUCCUUA